GCGCUGUCCGUCGAGCAUGCAAGGUAUUUUGCGCGCCAUGAACCACUCACGCGCCCUAGGCUCUGCACGGGGCUUCGCCACGUCCUCAGCGCGCCAGGCGAACCGCGCGGUCGUGUACACCGCCGCCGGCGACCCCACGUCGGUGCUGUCCGUCGUGACGUACCCUGAGCUCCCAACCCCGCCACCGCGCUCCGUCAACGUCCGCUAUGUCCUCUCGCCCGUCAACCCGUCGGACAUCAACGUCAUCGAGGGCGUGUAUCCCGCGAAGCCGGCGCUCGCCGACGCGCUUGCGCCGGGGCACAGGCUCGAAAAGCCCGUGUAUGUGUGUGGAAACGAAGGGCUCGCGGAGGUCACCGAGGUCGGGGGCGGCGUGCAGGGCGUGCACAAGGGCGACUGGGUCGUCAUGGCUGGCCAGCAGCUCGGCACGUGGGCCUCGGCGAGGACGCUCAAGGCGGAAGAUGUCAUCAAGGUGCCGUCGGGUGUUAGCGAAGUGAACGGGGCUACUAUGACUGUUAAUCCGCCGACGGCAUAUAAUAUGCUGCACGACUUCGUAACCUUGCAGGAAGGAGACUGGGUGAUGCAGAACGGUGCCAACAGUACUGUCGGCCAAGCAGUUAUCCAGAUUGCAGCUAAGGAAGGUUUGAAGACUCUAAACUUCAUACGGAAUAGAAAAGACCUGGACUCGCAAAAACAACAGCUGAAGAGCCUCGGCGCCACAGAAGUACUCACAUACGAUGACCUCGACGACAAGUCCCUCCGCGAACGCGUGAAGGAGAUGACCGGCGGCAAGCCGAUCCGACUGCUACUGAACUGCGUGAGCGGCCCGCCAACGACACAAAUGCUCAAGUUCCUCGGGCCCGACGCGCAUCUCGUAUCUUACGGCGCCAUGUCGAAGCAACCGCUCUCGCUCCCGACGUCCGCGUUCAUAUUCAAGGACCUUGCCUGCCACGGGUUCUGGCAGAGCCGGUGGUACACGCAGCACAGCAGGCCGGAGCGCGAGGCGCUCAUGCAGAGGCUCGCGGACAUGAAGCUGAAGGAGCCUGAGCACGAGGUCGUGACGAUCCCGGCGCAGGAGAGCGACUCGGAGGCGACUCGGAGGGUUCAUGAAAUCAUGAAGACGCUGACGAAGGGCCAGCACGGGAAGAAGAUCCUUCUCAAGAUCGAGCAACCGUGAAACGGGCAGGUAUAUGUAUGUGUGCAGGGAAAUAUACAACAGAUAUAGAGUGCAUAUACUUGUCACAAGAAGAACGUUCUCCUCGUAGUCUCAAGUUCCGGCUUCCAGAUCCACUGGUACUCGUCGUCCUUAGGAGGUAUCACUUUCUUGGGAUCCGACGGUCCAGGCUGUUCGUCUUGAUCCAUAAUCUCGCCGUCGUUGGCUUCGGCAGCUUGCUGCUCAGGUUUGGCAGACUCCUCAGCCUCGUUGUCGAAGGAGUCAAACUCGAGCGGCCUGCUGAGUUCACCCAAGUUCUUUACGGCUGGCAAGCCCUUCUUGAGCGAGCGCAGCUUGAGGGUAAAGCGCGGGCCGAUUUCCUGCAGCUGAACCUUCUCGGUGGAGCGGAAGGCAUAUCGGUGGCGUCUGAAGAACAGGAAGUCUCGUUGGUUGUGGAGGGUGACCACCUGCCGUCCCUGAAAUUCUGGCAUGGGCGGGAACAGCGUUUGGAAGAGACGGCCGACGGUGUGACCCAGCCGGGUAACGAAGCCGUUCAGGACGAGCUCAGGGAAAUGUUCUGUUGCUCGUGCAUGGCCAGAGAUUUUCUUUGACAGUUCUAUUGAGGUAAGCUUGAAGUAUGCUGUAGGUCCAUCAGGAAGAUAUACGAUUGUCAUGGCAUUCGGCUUCUUCAUGUCCUCGUUCAUCACGAUCAAAUGGCUGUAAUUCCUGCCCGCCGCCCAGCCAGCGAUCCUGCCCAUCUCGAAGCCCUUGCCCUUCGGUCUCCGUAUGAGCUCAGCGCCCGGAAAUAUAGUGACGAUCUCUUCGCAAAAUUCGUAAGUCGUCCGUGUGGCCUUUUGCGAGGUCGUGAUCAAGACCUUGGGAGGUACGGUAGGGUCGGCAGCGCCGGAGAAGUACGAGGCGAAAGGGUCAGAGGCGAUGUCUGCAGCAUUCUCGUCAGCGGGUUGUUCAUCUAAUUGCUGCAGUGGCUCAGGAGGAGGAGAGGAUGUAGAGGCAACAGGCUGUUCUGGUUCUGGCGGAGGGGCGGUCAAGAUAGAUGGGUCGUACUCUCGGGUGUUGUCGAGCGUGCGAGGUACAUUUUCUGACUGGCGCCUUUUCUUGGCGGCGGGGUUGUCGGACUCUGCUUUCGCGAGGGCAAGUCUGCGCUUGAGCUUUGCUUGCCGCUUUUCUCUCUUUUGCUUG